GGAGGCCGCCAGCGGGAGCCGCCCGAGAGAUCAUCGGGCGAAGGCGAGCCCAGCCGCGGAGCCACGCACCACCACGACGCGCAGCCCGGACGGAGCAGAGCAUGGACGACAUCUUCACGCAGUGCCGGGAAGGCAACGCGGUGGCCGUGCGCCUCUGGCUGGACAACACGGAGAACGACCUCAACCAGGGUGAUGACCAUGGCUUCAGCCCCCUGCACUGGGCCUGCCGCGAGGGGCGCUCCAGUGUGGUGGACAUGCUGGUCAUGCGAGGGGCGCGCAUCAACGUCAUGAACCGGGGGGACGACACGCCUUUGCACCUGGCGGCCAGCCACGGGCACCGUGACAUCGUCCAGAAGCUCCUCCAGUUCAAGGCAGACAUCAACGCAGUGAAUGAGCACGGGAACACCCCCCUCCACUACGCCUGCUUCUGGGCGCAAGAGCAGGUUGCCGAGGACCUGGUCACCAGCGGGGCCUUCAUCAGCAUCUGCAACAAAUACGGGGAGACGCCCCUGGACAAGGCCAAGGCGCCCCUGCGGGAUGCGCUGAAAGAACGCGCAGAGAAGUUAGGCCAGAGCCUGACACGGAUCCCAUACAAGGACACCUUCUGGAAAGGCACAACACGAACCCGGCCCCGUAAUGGGACUUUAAACAAACUGGCAGGGAUCGACUACCGGCAGCUGAGCCUGGGCCACAAACUCAAUGAGAACCAAUCCGGAGAGCUCUGGAAAGGGCGCUGGCAAGGCAACGACAUCGUCAUCAAGCUGCUCAAAAUCCGGGAUUGGACGACCCGGAAGAGCCGCGAUUUCAACGAGGAAUACCCCAAGCUCAGGAUUUUCUCUCACCCCAACGUGCUGCCGGUUCUGGGCGCCUGCCAGUCACCCCCUGCCCCGCACCCCAUCGUCAUCACCCACUGGAUGCCCUACGGCUCCCUUUACAAUGUGCUCCACGAAGGCACAAACUUCGUGGUGGACCAGACGCAGGCAGUGAAAUUUGCGCUGGACGUGGCGCGGGGCAUGGCCUUCCUGCACACCCUGGAGCCCCUCAUCCCACGCCACUAUCUCAACAGCCGCAGCAUCAUGAUUGAUGAGGACAUGACGGCCCGCAUCAGCAUGGCAGAUGUCAAGUUCUCCUUCCAGUGCCCGGGCAGGAUGUAUGCCCCGGCAUGGGUGGCACCAGAGGCCCUCCAGAAGAAGGCAGAGGAGAUUAACCGGCGCUCAGCUGACAUGUGGAGCUUUGCGGUGCUGCUGUGGGAGCUGGUGACGCGGGAGGUGCCUUUCGCUGACCUCUCCAACAUGGAAAUCGGCAUGAAGGUCGCCCUGGAGGGGCUGCGGCCCACCAUCCCACCAGGCAUCUCCCCCCACAUCUGCAAGCUGAUGAAGAUCUGUAUGAACGAGGACCCCGCCAAGCGCCCCAAGUUCGAUAUGAUUGUCCCCAUCCUUGAAAAGAUGCAGGAGAAGUGAGGGUGGGGCCCUGCCUCCCCACGAGCCCCCUGACCUGCCCCAAGUGCCUUUGGGACGUGCUGUUGACAGGAAGUGCCAUUGCCUUGCCUGCAGCCGAUACGGUACAGAUGGAGCCGCCGCCUGCCGCCCCCCGCCUCGGGGCAGGGGCCGCUGUAAGCUGCCUUGGCCUUGAAACUCCCUCCACACCUACGCUGCCUUUAACAGCCCCAUGUAACCGCCACUGCUGCCGCGCUCUCCAUUCGCUCCUGCGCCGAGGGCCCCCCACCCCCGUGCUCUGGGGCCGCCCACCUCCUGCCUGUGCUACUUUUAAUCUUUUCUAUGCAGGCCCCCGGCAAAGCCACAGGGCUCAAAAUAAAACCCUUGAUGAUGUUGUUCCUCCA